AUGGAGCAAGCAUCGUUUAGGAGUGGCGGCUCAGAGGCAGAUGAGCUGGACAUCCGGGGCGACCACUGGGGGGCCGGCCUGGGUUCUCAGAAGGGGUCCCGCAAAGCUGCCCCUGUCCGGCCCGUAUCUGCCCGCUCCUAUGAGAAUGCAGCUGCUGCUGAGAGGGGUAGCCCAGCCAGAGGCAGCAAGCUGGGCGGGGGCUUUGGGCAAAUGGCACCGAACAAGGGCGUUGACUUCCUGACAGGCAGCGUGACCCAGUACAACAAUCACCUGUUUGAUGACUCAGAGGGGGACGACAGCCCCGCCAGGACGCCAAGCAGCGGUUACGUCCUGAGGCCUCCGACUGCAUCAUUGCAGCAGUCCGUUGCUGCCCUCAAACGGAAAGAGAGGAGUCUGAGUGGUGGGCUGGCUGUAGCCAACGACAGCCUUUCCCGCACCAUGCGGCCAGGUAGUGCGGCAGGAUCUCGGCCGCUCUCCCCUCGAUCACCAAUCGGGGAACCUGCACUGAGCAGCUUUGCAGAGAGACGGGAUUCGCCCCCACCAAGUGUUCCCAGCGAGGAAGGCGACGAGCCUUACGUGCCCAACCUGCGGCAGCUAGACCCCGGCCCCCGCGCGUCUCCCAAAAAGCAGCGCUCAGAUUCCCUGAGCCCCGCUGCGCAAGAGGUUGAGAAAGAGCUCAACGACUACGGGAUCGAGUCGGUGUACGAGCCGAUCAGCCCAACGGUUGGGAUCGCCUCAACUCCCUCGGGAGCAGUGGACCUGAGCGACGUGCGGGCCUUCCUCAUGCAGCCUGGGCCACGUGACAAACCCGUACAGUGCCAUAUUCGGAGGGAGAAAGGGAAGAAAAGUGGACAUCCAGUCUUUGUGUUGUGUCUCACGGAGGGCGAUCGGUUUCUCCUUUGCGCAAAGAAUGAGCCGAAAGCAAAAACAAGCAACUACGUCAUCUCUCUUGACCGGGAUGACUUCAACCAAAGCAGCGCAAACUACUUCGGAAAGCUUCGGGCCAACUUCAUGGGGACGGAGUUUUGGUUCUACGACAAAGGCGCGGACUGCUACUCUCAGAACCCCUCGAGCAUCAGCGUUCCGAGCAGCCAAGCGGAGCGCGAGAUGUUGGGGUGCGUGACGUAUCAGUACAACGUGAUGGGGACACGCGGGCCGCGCAAGAUGACGGGGGUCAUCCCGAAGCUGGACGCCAACGAACACAGGUGUACCUUCGACGCCAACGGAAAGCGAAAAGACCAGGCAAUUCUGGAGAAGUUCCGCAAAAAGGAAGAGUCGGAGAAGAUGGUCAUCAUGCGGAACAAGCCGCCCAAGUGGAACGAGCAGUUGGGCGCAUAUUGUCUCAACUUCAACGGGCGAGUCACCCAUGCGUCCGUCAAGAAUUUCCAGCUCGUCACUGAUUCGGACAAGGAGACCAUCAUCCUGCAGUUUGGGAAGGCGGGCAACGACUUUUUCACAAUGGAUUAUCAGUACCCGAUGUCAGCAUUGCAGGGGCUGAAAGGAAUCAAGAUUGGGCUUGACGAGGGUUCAAAAGUUGCGACCGCAAAAACCCCCUGGGAGCUCGAAGCUCAAGAGGCUUAUCUCCACAGCGUCCCGUAG